AUGCCAAACCAAGACAUUGUGCUUCAAGCUGUUGGUAAUGAUGGAGUUGUUCAGAGAUGGGUUCGACGCUCUUAUGUUCGACAUCUUCCACUGCGACGCAAUUUUUUUGAGCAAGAGCCGGAUGAAGGGACAAGCGAUGAUCAGCAAGUUGUGAAAAUGUUAGAUCCGCUAAAUACUAAAAUUGAAGAAUUGGGUUACCACAUUUUGGCUCGAGUUUUUCAAAGUCUCUCCAUUCUUGAUCGACUUCGAAUGGAACAUGUUUCUCGUCUUUUCCGCAACACAGCUAAAAUGGGAUGGAUUGGACAGCGCAAAAUUGUUGUAAUUCCAGAGGAGGCGACGAUAGAAGGAAACAAGACCUAUCUGUUUAGUGGUCGCGCUUACUUCCGUCUCAUAAUGAAGCGUUGUUGUCGUUACACUUUUGAACUUGUAAUUUAUCAAUUGGUGCCAAAGGAUCGAUUAUUUAAAUUACUUCAACUUUGCUUUCUUCUUCAACAUCUUUGCUUGGAUUAUUUGUCGCCCCUUAGUGGCUCUGAAUUUUUGGAAAUUUCUGAACGUUUGCCUGAAUUGAAGUCUUUGGUUGUCAAAAACUGUCGUUUGCAUUAUAAAUUCGCUCGUGAUUUUCAAAGAAUGCUUGAUGGUCUUCAACAUCUUCAAGUACUUUCUGUCGUCAACUGUGAAGGUUUUGAUAAAUUAGAAAUUGAGAGACUUCCUUCUACUCUACAAAUUAUUCAGUUAAAUUAUCUUGAUGGGAGUUUGGAUAGGCAAUUGAGGUUAUUUGAAUGUCUUCAAGUUUUUUUUUCUAAAUGUUUUUUCUUCAGAAUUAUUCAAACUAUUCGGCACCACGUUCCAAAUGUUAAAGUUCUGGUACUUGAUGAAGGUAACGAGCAAGCACAUGUUCUAAUGCAACCAUUCCAAAACAUAAAAGUCUUGGUCCUUCCAUUUCACAGCUGGGAUUGGAGAGGUAAUCGUGCGGAAAACGUUGAAUUUUAUCCUCGAGAAUUUCUUAUGCGUUUGACUGCUUUGGAUUUUGGAGAGGUUACUGUUGAGUUUGGAACUCUCAGAUUUAGCGCUCUACAAUUACCAAAUUUGGAAUAUUUGGUCCUUCAAGUAACCAGAAUUGUGAAUGCUAAUCAAUUCUUCAAUCAAGUUGUUGGUUUGCCUUCUCUGCGUUCUUUGACUUUUAAUAUCAAAGGAGGUACUUUUAGUGAAACAACGCAUUGGAAACUCAAAGAUAGACAAUUAUAUGAUUCUUUGAUGUCUAUGGCGCAAAGAGGAAUUAUUGAAUAUUUGCACGUCUCUUGGCCGUUAAAUACUUCUCUUGCUGUGGAAUUUGUUAAGAAUUGUUCGAAAUUGCGUGCACUUUUCUUUGGAAUUCGAAAUGCGAGACAUCGCGACUUGGAAGAAGAAUUUGAUUGGAAAAGUUUCAUUAAAUCACUUGAUGAAUUGAAAAAAGGAUUAUUACCAAAAGAAGAUUUUCAAAAAAUAAAAAUGUUCAGAAAUGUUUUUGGUGAAUGGUCAGGAACGAAUCCAUGGAAUCAAGAUUUUAAAUUGGCUCCAGUUAAACAUCCGUGGAUUGAAUGUCUUGGUAAAGCUAUACCUUCACAUGUAUUGGGAGAAGUUUGUCUGAAGGAAUUGGGAGAGAAUGUUGAUGUGACAACUGAGUAGGUGUUUUAAAAAUUAUUUUAACGUUGAAUACUUCCUUUUGGAUUGUCUGAUCAAAGGGUUUUAUAAAAUUGGGAUAGUUUGAAUAUAAAUAUGUC